AUGCGACCGGGUCGAAGUCGGGAGCCAUCUCUGACCUCGCCUCGACCGUCGGAGGGGGCUCUGUCGUCUUUUUCACCGUCGUCCUCGCAAUAUCUACCUCAUCAAUCCCUGGACCAGUCCUCGCAUCUCCCAAACGCACCCACGCAUGCUCAUCGUAGCUCUCUUUCUCAGCAACGAUCUCGAACCGCUUCCACCGCUUCCCGUCCCGACGAGAUUGCACACCAACGAGCGGAACUCGAAGUGAUCCGACGGGAGAAUGACGCACUGCGACGGCGGGUGCGAGAGCUCGAGUCCACCUUGAAACAGCAUCGCGAAAGGGAGUCGACACCGACGAUCUCGACCACCAGCGGGACGUCUGCGCUUACCGAUGGAUUACGAAAAGUUUCCUUGACCGAAACGAACGAAGACAUAAAUACCUAA